CGUUGAUGAUGAUUUCCAGCGACGUCGACGAUGAUUUCCGGCGAAGGCACAUCGACAACGCCGUCUCUAUUCCGGUGGUCGUUGGUUCGAACUUUUUCAGGUCAACUCAAGCAAGUUAUGGAGAAACAGAAUUUAGACUUGUACUGGCGGAAUAUUCAGAUUAUGCAGGAGAAUGACAGGCUAAGGAAGACUGCUCAACGGCUCAGACAGGAGAACGAAGCUUUGUAUACUGAGCUAAAACAAAGACUAGCAGCGAAAAGAAUUAACAAAAUACCUGAACUUGAACUCACGCUUGGCCCCAGUUCCGCCGCAAAUCAAAUGAAGCCCAAGAAUCCUCAGCCACCUUCAUGCAGCUAAAGCAAUUCCAAGUGUUUCUUCCUGGUCUCGAUGAUCCAUGCUCAAGGUUAUGAGAAGUUUUAAGUAUGAAUCCUGAUUGUACUGCCGCAAUUACAGACUAUCUGUUGUUUGAACAAUAUGUUUUAUAGCAAUAAGUACUGAUAAAUAAAGUAUAAACAUAUGUAUGUCCAGUUCUAUUGCGAUAUAUAACGAUGUCAGUCAGUUUCUUUAUCCAAUUCCAACUUCACUAAGUUCUUGUAUAAGCAUUUGCUACAAAGACAGUUUAUAGCAAUCUUUUCAUCCUCUAA